UUCUUCGUUGUUUCAGAGAAAAUGUCAACAAUUCAUAGUUGGAGUCAAAUACAGUCACAGCUGAAGCAUCCAGAUAAUCCUGUCGUUUUCCUAGAUAUAAAAGUCGGUGGAACUGAAAUAGGACGAAUACUUCUAGAACUCUUUGCUAACGAUGUUCCCAGAACUGCAGAAAAUUUCAGACAGUUCUGUACUGGAGAAUAUAGAAAAGAUGGGGUUCCUCUAGGAUACAAAGGAUCAAGUUUCCACCGAGUAAUCAAGGAUUUUAUGAUCCAAGGAGGAGACUUUGUAAACGGAGACGGAACAGGUUGUAUGUCUAUCUAUGCUGGGUCCACAUUUGCCGAUGAGAGUUUCAAGCAUAAGCAUUCAGAGGCAGGACUUCUCUCCAUGGCUAACAGCGGAAAGGAUACUAACGGUUGCCAGUUCUUCCUGACCUGCACCAAGGGGGACUUCCUGGACAACAAACACGUGGUGUUCGGCAGGGUCAUCGAUGGAAUGCUUGUCGUCAGAAAGAUUGAGAAUGCUCCGGUCGGACCCAACAAUAAACCUAAAGUGGACAUUACUAUCUCUCAAUGUGGACAAAUGUGAUUCUAUUUUUUUUUGCUAAGUUCAUUCUCACUAACGCCCCAAAAUCCCCCGACCUAUCAUUUUGAAAGCCUGCAUUUCCGAUACCUGAUGUGAAGUAUUUUCAGAA